AUGAGAAAAGCCAAGCUAAUAUUUGUCCCCAUUCCAGGAAUUGGUCACCUGGCGCCUAUUUUAGAGUUUGCAAAGUGGCUGUUUGAUCGAUAUGAUCAAUUUUCACUGCAUCAUCCGAUUAUCGUACACAAUUUUUCAGUCUUCCUCGGGGAUACUCCUUCACUAGAUCUUUUCUCUAAAUCAUCAGAAAAGGUUUUUUUUUUUUUUUCUGAUUUUGUAGAGAGCCAUAAAUCCCAUGUCAGAGAUGCUAUAAUCAACCAUGUUUUACCUGAUUCGACCUCCAAUUCAGUUCCACUUGUUGGCUUGGUUUUGGACUUCUUUUGUACUGCCAUGAUUGACGUAGGGAAAGAACUUUGUAUUCCUUUGUACUUGUUUUUCACCUCGACUGCAGCGUUCCUUAGCCUCAUGUUGUACCUUCCAAGCCGACAUGAUCAGAUUGGUCACGAGUUUGAAGAAUCGGAUCCUGAGUCAAUCAUCCCAGGUUAUGCAGGACCUGUGCCUACUAGAGCUUUGCCUUCAUUCUUAUUCAACAAGCAUGUUGGUUAUCUUUCAUUGCUGAACUAUGGAAGAAGAUUCAAGGAGGUUGAAGUAUUAUUGAAUACAUUGGAAGAGCUUGAAUCACAUGCGCUCAAGUCCUUGAUGGAAUAUUCCAUAUCUACACCACCCAUCUACCCGCUUGGACCACUAAUUGGUAAGGGUCAGAAGAUUUUAUUUCAUACUCAUAAAGCUCAAAACGAUGAGAUCAUGAAAUGGCUUGAUCAUCAGCCUCCAUCAUCAGUUGUUUUCUUGUGCUUUGGAAGCUUGGGGAGUUUCGAUGAACCCCAACUAAUUGAAAUUGCAAGUGGGCUUGAGCGUAGCGGGUUCAGGCUCUUGUGGUCAGUGCGCAAGGACACCGGGAAAAGGCAAAGUCAAAGCACCAAGGAAAUACACCAAUAUUGAGGAGAUCUUUCCAGAUGAGUUCUUGGAGAGAACAAAGAAGAAAGGAUUGAUUCGUGGGCGUUGUCCACAGGUGGAUAUCCUGGGCCAUGAAGCAGUUGUAGGGUUUGUGUGGCAUUGCGGGUGGAACUCUAUCUUGGAGAGUUUGUGGAACGGGGCAAUUGCAACAUGGCUAAUCUAUUCAGAACAGCAAAUUAAUGCAUUUGAGAUGGAGAAAGAAUUGGCAUUAGCAGUGAGUUAAAACUGGAUUACAGGAUGGGCAGUGGUGAGCUGGUGAAGGCAGAUGAGAAAGAAAGAGCAGUCCUAGGUGUGAUGGAUGGUGAAAGCGAGACGAGAAAGAGGGUCAAGGAGUUGGCUUAAAAGAGUAGAGAAGCUGUGAUGUAUGGUGGAUCUUCAUUUGCUUCUU